AUGGGGAUGAUGGCAGCCCCCGGUCCCAAUAUGCACCAUCCUCAGCCAAUGGCACCUGCGAUGGCGUAUCAACCACAGCGACAAAGCACGUUUGGGACAGCUGGGUUCCAGAAUGCGAUGGGAGGAUCACCGGGUCAGUUUGGUCAGCAGCCGCAGUUUGACGCUGCAACGCUCAACAAUUCGAUGCACGGCAAAGACCCCACUACAUCUUCCUUCCGCACGAGCACAAUUUCACCAUCUGUCCCAUACCAAAACGGCAUGAUGAGUCCGCCCUUGCCUCCUAUGAGCCCACCGUUCUCGAUGAGUGCGACUCCCCAGGUUAUGAACUAUACCCUGCCUUCGAGCGAUGAAGGCAAGCUGAGCGUAUCUAUCGAUUUUGGAACCACCUUUUCGGGUGUCGCAUACGGCUCAUCCCGCAUCGCAGGUGGAAAAGUCCAACAGAUCCUUCAAUGGCCAGGAUCGUUCGAGAAUUUCCGCAAGAUACCGACGUGUCUGUUGUAUGGAGAGCAAGGAGAGGUACUCACUUGGGGAUUGGAAGCCAAGAAUGCAUCGCCUAUCCCGGGCUCGUUCCGCUGCGAAUGGUUCAAGUUGUUCCUCGAGCCCAAGAGUCUGCGUGAGGGAACAGUCGACUCGCGUCUGCCCGGUCUCCCCCCCGGCAAGAAGCCCAUUGACGCAAUCAUCGACUUUUUAUCUUGCCUAUGGAACUAUGCUAAGCAACAAAUCACACGUGAAAUUGGAGCUGUUGCCGACUUGAAUUCGGCAGACGUAUGGCUAACUGUUCCGGCUGCGUGGGACGCCAAAGGAUGCGAUAUGAUGCGCGAAGCUGCAAUUGCUGCAGGGCUCGUCCAGAACGCCUCUGCUACCAAGGGAACGGAUAAGAACUGGAGGGAGCGAUUGAGAAUUAUCACGGAACCAGAAGCAGCAGCCGUGCAUUGUGCAUAUCUAACCAAUCUCCACCAACUUCGUCCUUCUCAGAACUUUAUGAUUUGCGAUGCGGGAGGAGGAACAGUUGAUCUUGCUAUUUAUAAGAUUCUCGGAAGCCUGGAGAAACUCGAGAUAGGGGAAGUGUGUGCACGGAGUGGGAAGAACUGCGGUAGCUUGUUCUUAGAUCUGAGGUUCCGAGAUCUCGUCGCGCGAAUGCUGGAGCGUCAUCCGGCCCACACAGAUAGCGCGAGUUUGGCGUAUUUCCAGCAUGCCUUUAGCGAGACGGAUAAACUCACGUUCAGGGGCGAGGAAGAUGACCGCACGCCAUUCCAAUUCAAUUGCUUCAACGUAGAGGAUCCCGACGAUGCUUCGGUGUUUGAUCCUGUCGUCUCCGAAGUCCUCCAGUUGAUCGAGGAGCAAAUCUCCAAGUGCAACCAGCCGAUCCAUGCGCUUCUGCUCGUGGGUGGGUUUUCAGGGAGUGAAUACUUGUUCAAGCGGGUUGAUCAACAAUUCGGAUCGCGCAUUGGUGUCAUUGCGCGACCCGCUGACGCGGACACUGCAACAUGCCGUGGAGCCGCGAGAUACGGACUUUCGAAUCGGGCGCUGGUAUCGAGUGUGAUUGCGCCCAGGGCAUAUAUUAUGAAGGUCAAAUUACCCGCCGAUCCAGAAGAUUGGCAAAAGCGCCCGGCGUACAUUACCACGAACAACGCCGGAAUACACAUCUGCGAGAACCGGCUACAGUACCUGGUUCAAAAGGGCGCGAUCUUGCGCAAGGGUCAGCGAGUCAAGACCAAGUUUUGCAAGUUUUCUCAAGGACCACAGGACUCGACGUUUGUUGCGGUGCUGUAUACAUCCGAGAGCGAGCAGACUAUGCGAUACACCGACGAGGGCGAGACUUCCGAGCUGUGCAAAUGGACCGUGGACUUGAGUACGCUUCCCAGUUUUGCAGAGCAUGCCCGAAUGGUUAGCAUGACCGGAUUCUACACCGAAUUCGAACUCGGACUCGAGUUGGAUAGCGCAGAAGUCCGCGGUGUCUUGCUUUACAACGGGGAAGAAUGGGGUCGAGUCGUUUUUGAAUUCUUGAACUAG